AAAGAAGUGAAAGCAGAAGUUGAGUUGAACAUUCAGUGUUCACACUUGACCGUUUUAUUUUUAAAAACUGAUCUUUAUUAUUUGCUGAUCUGAAAAUUUACAUGGACCUAAUGAAGAAACCAAGGACAUAUUGAGAACUUGUCUAAAAACCGAACGUCUUGAUCAAAGCAAAUCUUGAGCUGUGGAGCGCAAAGUCACUUCCUUAUUCAACUGUGAGUUGUUGAAGGAAGAUGGCGUUUGUUAAAGAGCUGCUCGUGGAUUCACUGAAGCAGCUGGUAGACGCUGAACUAAAGGAGUUUCACUGGCGCCUAAUGAAUGCACAUAAGCAUAUAUCCAAGUCUGAAAUGGAGAAGGCAGAUAGAUUCGACACAGUAGAUAAGAUGGUGGUGUGUUUUGGAGCAGAAGAAGCUGUGGAGGUCAUGGUAGACAUCCUCAGAAAGAUGAAACAAAAUGAUCUGGCUGAACGGUUGGUGAAAGAACACAAGCAAGCUAAGACUGAGGGCGACGUGAAUAUAUCUGUUGCUACUGGAGAGCUGAAAAGCUUUUUUGAAACUCACAAAAAAAACAUGAAGAAGAAAGCAGAAUGUAUUUUUGAGGGCAAAAAAGAAAAUGAAGCACAACUCAAGGCUGUUUACACAGAACUGUUCAUCACAGAGGGAGAUAUGGAAGAUGUCAAUCACGAACAUGAGAUUCAACAGAUCGAUGGUGCUUUAAAGCGUAGAAAAACACAGGAAAAACCAAUUAAAUGCAAUGAUAUAUUCACUGAACUUAGGAAAAAUAACAAGAAGAAGAUUGUGCUGACCAAGGGAGUCGCUGGGAUUGGAAAAACAGUCUCUGUGCAAAAAUUUAUCCUGGACUGGGCAGAAGGAACAACCAAUCCGGAUAUACACUGUGUUUUCCUGCUUCCAUUCAGAGAGAUCAACAUUAUUAAAGACCGAGAGGUCAAUCUACAUGAGUUUCUGCUGAAAUUUUAUCCUGAAUUGAAGAACCUAGAGAAAUCAAAGCUAUAUGAGGAAUAUAAGCUUGUAUUUGUAUUUGAUGGACUUGAUGAGAGUCAACUGCCAUUGAACUUUAAAAGUGAAACAUUGAACACGUUUGAGGAACGAGCAUCUGUAAAUGUGGUCUUUACAAGUCUGGUCAAAGGUAAACUGCUUCCAUCAGCUCUUGUCUGGGUGACAUCACGACCAUCAGCAGCCAAUCAUCCUCCUCAGUAUGUAGGUUUGUUCACAGAGGUGCGAGGAUUCACUGACCAACAGAAGGAGGAGUACUUCAGAAAGAGAAUCAAAGAUGAGAGUCUGUCCUCCAGAAUCAUUUCACACAUUAAGACAUCUCGUAGUCUCUACAUCAUGUGCCACAUUCCUGUGUUCUGCUGGAUCACAGCCACAGUACUUCAGGAUAUUCUCUCUGAGAACAAUGAAGAGAACAUCAACACAACACUGACUGAAAUGUACAUUCACUUUCUGCUGAUACAGAUGGACAUGAAGAACCAGAAAUAUGAUGAACAAGAUGAAAGAGAACGUACAGAGCACUUACAAUUAAAUAGAGAGAUGAUUGUGAAGUUAGCCAAGCUAGCAUUUGAACAGCUGAAGAAGGAACAGAUUGUGUUCUAUAAGGACGAUCUGAAAGCAUGUGGUAUUGAUGCGAGCAAAAGAACUGAGUUCACAGGAAUGAUCGCUGAGAUCUUCAAAAGGGAAAACAGACUUCAUGGAGCAAAGAUCUUCUGCUUUGUGCAUCUGAGUGUUCAAGAGUUUCUUGCUGCAGUGCAUGUGUUCCUCUGUUACCUGAACAAGAACAUACGAGAGCUUCAGUUUUUCUUUGAUAAUCCAGACAAAAAUCUCACAUUAGAGAAGUUACUGCAGAAAGCCAGAAAAGCCAUGGAGAGUCAUAGAGGACAUCUGGAUCUGUUCCUGCGAUUUCUGUUGGGCAUUUCACUGAAAUCCAGUCAAAUCCUGCUCAAAGGCCUGAUCACACACACUGAAGACACUACAGAGAGCAUCACAAGAAUAAGUGAAUACAUUAAACAAAAACAAAAUGAGUACAAUAUCUCAGAUGAAGCUUUAGUCAACCUGUUCUACUGCUUACUUGAGCUCAAAGAUCAUUCAUUAUACGAGGAAAUCCAGAGGUACCUCAGUUCAAAUGAACAUCCAGGAAGAAAACUCUCAUCUUCAAUGUGCACAGUCUUGACUUAUGUAUUGCUGAUAUCAGAGAAGGUGCUGGAUGAGUUCAACCCGAAGAGAUACACAUCAAAACGAGCGGAUAUCAAGAGACUCAUUCCAGCUGUGAGAUGCUGCAGAAAAGCUCUAUUUGACGGCUGUGGUUUUGAUGACAAAUGCUGUGAAAUUAUGUCUUCGGCUCUUCAAUCAUCAAACUCUUAUGUGAGGAAUCUGGACCUGAGUAACAAUGACCUGCAGGAUUCAGGAGUGAAGCUGCUUUCUGAUGGACUGAAGAGUCCACACUGUCAACUGAACAUACUGAGACUUCCCAUCUGUAAUCUCACUGCACAGUCUUGUGGGAGUUUAUCUUCAGUUUUACAAUCCUCAAACUCUGUUCUGAGAGAGCUGGACUUGAGUAACAAUGACCUGCAGGAUUCAGGAGUGAAGCUUCUUUCUGAUGGACUGAAGAGUCCAAACUCAAAGCUGGAGAUUUUAAGAUUUUCCACAUGUAAUCUCACUGCACAGUCUUGUGGGAGUUUGUCUUCAGUUUUACAAUCCUCAAACACUGUCCUGAGAGAGCUGGACCUGAGUAACAAUGAUCUGCAGGAUUCAGGAGUGAAGCUGCUCUCUGAAGGACUGAAGAGUCCAAACUCAAAGCUGGAGAUUUUAAGAUUUUCCAUAUGUAAUCUCACUACACAGUCUUGUGAGAGUUUGUCUUCAGUUUUACAAUCCUCAAACUCUGUCCUGAGAGAACUGGACCUGAGUAGCAAUGACCUGCAGGAUUCAGGAGUGAAGCUGCUUUCUGAAGGACUGAAGAGUUUAAACUCCAAGCUGGAGACAAUGAGGUUGUCUGGCUGCAUGGUGACAGAGGAAGGCUGUAAUUAUUUGUCUUCAGCUCUGACUUCAAACCCCUCACACCUGAGAGAGCUGGAUCUGAGCUACAAUCAUCCUGGAGAUUCAGGAGUGAAGCUGCUCUCUGAAAAACUGGAGGAUCCAAACUGCUCACUGAAUAAACUCAACGUUGAUCAUGGAGGAGAAUCCAGGAUUACAACAGGACUGAAGAAAUAUGAGUGUUUUCUCACACUGGAUCCAAACACAGCACACACUAAACUCAGACUGUCUGAGGACAACAGAAGAGUAACAUUUGUGUUUGAGUCUCAGCCAUAUCCUGAUCAUCCAGACAGAUUUAAAAUGUCUCAGGUGUUGUGUGGAGAGAGUGUGUGUGGACGCUGUUACUGGGAGACUGAGUGGAGUGGGUUUGUGGAUAUAUCGGUGUCAUAUAAGAACAUCAGCAGAAGGAGAGGUGAUGAGUGUGUGUUUGGACGUAAUGAUCAGUUGAGUUUGAUCUGCUCUCGCUACAGUUACUCAUUCAUACACAAUAACAGAGAGACUAAUUUCUCUGUGAAGCCCAUCAUCAUCAGCAGAAGACCAGAAGUGUAUGGUAAUGAUAAUAUCUAUAGAACAGGAGUGUAUUUGGAUGAGAGCGCAGGGAUUCUGUCGUUCUACAGCGUCUCUGACACAAUGAGACUCAUCCACACAGUCCAGACCACAUUCACUCAGACACUCUGUCCUGGGUUUUAUCUUUUUUUUGGAUCAUCAGUGAAACUAUGUUGAUGAAUCAGAAGAGACUGAGCAGAGAUUCUACCCAUAAUGCUUUGAGCAUGAUUGAUGAAGAACAUGUAAUCAAUUUCUGUUAUUUUUGUAUAGAAAUAAAAAUACUAAAAAAAAUAAAGAUAAAUCGACUUGAUAUCAGAUUUUAAUCAAUGUUUGUAUCAUGAAUAUAACUGAUUUUUGACAAGA